UGCGCCUUCUACGCCGGGUCCUGCCGGGCACCCCAGGGCAGGGCCACCUGUGCCCGUCUAGCCGAGGAGACCUGCCGCGCCAGGACAAGACGAUGUGAGCUGCACUCCUACGCCCAGACCUUGGUGGAUCUCCUGCGCCAGGCUGGGGACUUCAUCCGAAACCAGUUUGACUUCUCCUUCCUCACCCGCACCCUGCCCCAGCUCCUGGGCCUGGCUGAGGCAAGGGGCCACCCCAGCCCCACAGCAGAGGGACCCCAGAGACCGCCCACCAGGCAAUUUCCCCCUUUUUCAGAGCUCUUUGGGGCGGUGGGACCCCAGCUGCAGGACUGGGUGGAAGCACUGAAGGCCAUGGCAGAGGACAGGCCCCUUGUGCCCACACUGGGCAGGGAGCAGCUCCUUGGGGAGAUGCAGCUCUUCCUGCAGGUGCCCUGUGGAUGCCCCAUUCUCACCCUGUUCCCCCCUUCCCUUCAGCAGGGUGAGGAUGCAAUAGAGGAAAUGGUGGGACAGGGACAAGCCUUCCUCACCGAGCUGCGGGCAGAGUUGGACCUUGGCACUGCCCUGGAAGCCAUGGAACCAAAAUGGGCACUUGAAGAGCUGGCAGGGACCCCCACACCAAGCCGGUCCUCACUGAGGAAGAAACGUGAACUGGUGCCCACGGAGCUGCCCAGGGUUGAGGAAGAGGAGGAGGAGGCAGGCAUGGGCAGAGCCUGCCCUGGCCUCAACGAGUCCGUGGUGCGGGUGGGUGCAGUGCGGGAGCUGUAUGCCUGGGUGCUGCAGGUGCCGGAGACCGACCUAGCCAUGACCUUCCAGGAGAUCCUGGUGGACUUGGGCUCCAAAAACACCAAGGGACUGUACCGGGCACAGGUGCGGGCCACUGUAGGGGGCCGUCCCACGGCCUUCACUGGCCUUGUGGGGCUGGAGAGCGCCUCACUGGCUCGCAGCAUGCCUGGCCUUGUCGCUCUGGCACUCGAGGCGCUGAAAAACUAA